UGUCUCCAUAAAAGUAUGAUUAAACAUGACAGGUCUCUCAUACUUAAACCGAGCUGAAGGCCCGAGUUAUUUACACAGCGUAUUUCUGUGACGUACACUUUAAGGAGAAGGACAGACAAGUUUCUACGUCUAAUAUAGCGACUACACCUUGUCAUCGGGAAGAAACUUUUGUUCCACUUCUUCAAAGCGUUGGUGUAAUAUUUCGUUAUACUGAACAGUUUAAUAACUAUCUAACAGCGCCUGUGACCUCCACGGGGGUAGAUUUACUGGGUCCGAUUUUCUUACGGCUUUCUCCUCGUGAGUAAGGGGUUAAUUAGUAAAGCCGCUCGGAAGUGCCUUUAUUUGUGAAGUUGAGGACCACAAGGCACUGAAAAGGCUCUGGUGAGCAACAUGACGGCCAUGAAUCUGAACGUUAAAGAAGGAUGACUGCAUCUUUUACUCGCACCGACUUGAUUAACAUCCCGUGACGACCGAGAAAUCAAACCAAGCCUAGAAUCAGUAAGGACACUUUCACCAUUGUGUUCGUUAAGGUUCAAUGAAAACGGUAUUACUCAAUUCGGAGCCGAGUUCGUCUGCCAAAGCCUCCGAAGACUUUGAAGGAGAGCCAAAAGAAACGGAUAAACCAAUGGUUUCAUAGGCUGGAUUUGGUUGGUUAUUUCCAAGGAUUGAUCUUAUUCGAAUAUCAAAGGUCGGGGAUCUGUUAUAAGACUAUUCGAGAUGUCGUAACUUCAACUCUAUUAUUUGCGAUUGAUCGGUGGCUGACAUCGUGAAAAGGGAACCCGAUAACUAAGAAACUGACUGCUUCACAAGGCUAGGGACCGUUACGUUUAUUAAAGAAACAUGACUUCGACCGAAGAAGGGAUCUCCAACCCCGCGUGUGAGGAAAGAGACACCAUCUCGCCACCGUCUGUCAACGGAAGAGAUGACAGAACACUGGUGUCGCUGGAAGAAGAAAAUAAGACACCCCACUAUAAGCAAUGGAACUCACGAUUUCCUUGCUGCGUAAAGAAAUCUUACGUGGAUCUCACGCUGGUCGGUAUUGUAAUCCUAGGAACGGUGAUCGCUGUGAUUGUCAUCGCGUGUUUACAAGUGGGGAAACGAAAUACAGAGUCAGGUCAUGGUAGAGACACGGGUGCGACAAAGAUCUGUACAACGUCCGAAUGUGUACGGGCAGCCGCCAUGCUCAUGGAGGCAAUGGACAUGGAGGCAGAUCCUUGUGGAGACUUUUUCCAGUAUGCAUGUGGUCGAUGGAACAGACGCCAUCUUAUUCCAGAGCAGGGCAAGGAGAUCACUCAGUUCACACGGCUUUAUGAUGUCCUUCAGAUUCUGAUGAAAGGUCUGUUGGAGAGAUCUGUCAAUAUAAAAGAACCCAACAGUGUCCAGAAAGCCAAGCGCUUAUACCAGGCGUGUCGGAAUGAAACCCUAGUCGAUGUCCUGAAGGAAGAACCUGUGUGGAAACUCCUGACAGCACUAGGGGGAUGGCCAGUACUUAACGACUCUUGGAAUGCGUCUCAAUUCCACAUUGAAGAGGAGAUGGCAAAAUUCCACUUCUACACCAAUGUCUUACAAGAGAGAACGGACUCUAAUAAAGUUUUGCUUAAACCGUAUGUUGCCGUGGAUAGGAAGAACUCUUCAUCCUUUAUACUAGCAAUCGACCAGCCUGAUCUGGGACUUCCUAGUCGAGAGCAUUACCUUGGUGCCCGUAACACCAGUUCACUCCGGGCCUAUGAAACGUACGCAGUGUCCAUUGCCAUGGCGUUGGGUGCCAGUGAGAGCACUGCCAGGAGGGACAUGGCGGAUGUGGUCGACUUCGAGAUCAGGAUUGCAAAUGCAACAGAUCUACCAGAACAGCGAAGGGACGAGGAAUUUACGUACAACAAGUUGACGGUGGCAGAGCUUUCCACAAAUGCCACAGACAAGAUUGACUGGAGGCGUUACCUGGAGACCCUGUGUCGCCUAGGUAACGCCCGGGUGCCAAAUGUGGUAGUUGUGGAAGCAAUAGACUAUAUGCGGAAACUGGGAGAUAUUUUGCAAGAGACGCCACCUAGAACCAUUGCCAACUAUCUUGUCUGGAGAGUGUUGAAAAAUCUUGUAAUUGCUUUACCAAAGGAGUUUCAACAGCUACAAGAAAAAUUCAAAUAUUUUCUCNGGGACAUGGCGGAUGUGGUCGACUUCGAGAUCAGGAUUGCAAAUGCAACAGAUCUACCAGAACAGCGAAGGGACGAGGAAUUUACGUACAACAAGUUGACGGUGGCAGAGCUUUCCACAAAUGCCACAGACAAGAUUGACUGGAGGCGUUACCUGGAGACCCUGUGUCGCCUAGGUAACGCCAGGGUGCCAAAUGUGGUAGUUGUGGAAGCAAUAGACUAUAUGCGGAAACUGGGAGAUAUUUUGCAAGAGACGCCACCUAGAACCAUUGCCAACUAUCUUGUCUGGAGAGUGUUGAAAAAUCUUGUAAUUGCUUUACCAAAGGAGUUUCAACAGCUACAAGAAAAAUUCAAAUAUGCGGUAGAUGGCACCACCCGUAUGUAUAGCAGGUGGUAUAGAUGUGUCACUCUCGUCAACGACAAUAUGGGUCUGGCAGUCGGGAGGUUAUUCGUGGAGAAAUAUUUUGAUGAGGAAUCCAAAACGGAGGCAUUGGACAUGAUUCACAAAAUUCGAAACGCAUUCGUGAAUAAUGUGAAAGAAUCAGUCUCGUGGAUGGACGAAAAGACCAAAGAAGUGGCCACAGAAAAGGCGGCAACAAUGUUAGAGAAGAUCGGCUAUCCACCUUAUGUACUGAACAACAAAGAAUUAAACGCAAACUACGAGCAGUUGACCAUCAGCGCGGACAAUUAUUUUGAAAACAUGUUGGCUUGUUUUCGACAUACUGCCAUCCAUGAUUUAAAGCAGCUAUCAUUGACACCUAACAGAACUAGAUGGGAAGACAUCAACAUCGUGAUGGUAAAUGCUGCGUAUUCCCCCAACAAAAAUCAAAUUUUGUUUUCCGCUGGGAUGCUACAGCCGCCUUUUUAUAGUAAAUAUUAUCCAAGGUCAAUGAACUUUGGCGGUAUAGGUAUGGUGAUCGGACAUGAAAUCACACACGGUCUUGACGACCAGGGUCGUCUUUACGAUAAAAAUGGCAACUUGAGGGAAUGGUGGGAUGAAACAACGUCGGAACGCUUUAAGGAAAAAGCAAGAUGUUUCAUCGAGCAAUAUGGAAAUUACACAGUGGAAGAUGUCAAUAUGAAGAUCAACGGUAAGCUUACGCAAGGGGAAAAUAUUGCCGAUAAUGGCGGGUUGAAACAAGCCUUUCAAGCGUACAGAAACUGGGUCAGUAAGCGUGGGCAGGAAGAGGAGAGACUGCCGGGAUUGAACAUGAGUCACAAUCAAAUUUUUUUCCUCAGUUUUGCACAUAUGCUAUGUGGUCAUCAGCGUCCCAAGUCCACUGUGGACCAGAUUAGAACGGACACUCACACCACCUUAAAAUACAGAGUUAUUGGAUCUCUAUCAAACUCAGCUGAAUUUGCCGCAGCUUUCCAGUGCCCAGCGGGGAGCCCAAUGAACCCCAGUAAAAAGUGCGUCAUGUGGUGAUGGAAUCGUUACGGUUUAAACUAAGAAACUUGAAAUUUGUAAAUUAAUCUUUAUUGUUACUUUCAAAAGAAAAUACGUGGCUAUGAUUUGACCAUAUUUAUUUGACAAAACUGUUUUUGAGGUAAAGAGAAGGAAACAUUUCUGCGAAUAUUGUUUGCUUAUUACAUGCAUAUAGGUAUAUAGUGGCUAUAUGCAUGAAAAUGCGCAAUAUUUUCGUACUGUUAAACAACGUUAAUAAUGCUGUUAACGUUAUACUUAUAUAUCAUGUAUUUUUGUAUCUUAUUGAACAAUGCCGUUGAGCUAUCAAGUUACUGUGAACUGUAGAUAUGAGUGAUAAGC